AUGGCUGAAAUCCUUGCUGUAAUCGGCAUACUGUACUUGAUUGGGCUUCAGCAAUCCGGUCACACGAACGUGAUCGAUCUGUGGGCAAGUGAUGGAACCGGAAUGCCUAUUUUGAGAACAGCCAUGUGUUACAAGCGCUUCCUGUUUCUGCUGAGAUGUCUCCGUUUUGACGACAAGUCAACUCGAGUUGAACGCCGAAAAACCGACAAGCUCGCAGCGAUAAGGUUUAUCUACGACAAGUUUAUUGAGAACAGUAAGCGGAGCUACGUACCUGGCUCGUUUAUGACAAUAGACGAGAUGUUGCACGCAUGCAGAUGCCGGUGCGACUUCCUACAGUACAUGUCUGGGAAACCUGCGAAGAUUGGCAUCAAAAUGCAAGCCUUCGUCGAUGCUGUAACGUUUUACACGUGGAACUUGGAGCUGUACUGUGGUCAACAUCCCGAAGGCCCGCACAAGGUAUCAAAUUCACCUGCUGCAAUUGUGAAAAGAUUGGUUGAGCCGCUGGAAAAGUCGAACCGAAACAUCACAUUCGACAAUUGGUAUACGAGCAAAGAUUUGGCGGCCGAUCUGCUGAAAAAAGGUCUCACGUGUCUCGGAACGCUGAAAAAAAACAAACGAGAGAUUCCACCGGAGUUCCUGGCUAACAAGUCGCGUGAACUAAAAUCAUCACUUUUCGGAUUUCAGGAAGAUACAAUGAUGGUAUCAUUUGUUCCCAAAAAGAACAAAUCGGUUAUCCUGAUGUCGACGAUGCACGACCAGCCGGAAAUCGACCCGUCUACCGGUAAACCCCAAUUGAUCUUGGAUUAUAACGAGACAAAAGGAGGAGUCGAUACUGUCGACAAAAUGUGCGCAGCCUAUUCGGUUUCCAGGACCACCCGGUUGUGGACACAAGCUGUGUUUUAUAUUCUUCUCAACAUAGGUGGAAUCAACAGCCAAGUUUUAUACUUUGCCACUGCCGAUAAGAACCUGUGUCGUCGCCGAAUCUUCCUGAAGAACUUGGCGCUGCAGCUGAUGAAGGAACACUUGCUGAUUAGAUCAAAGAUUCCGACGCUUCCUAAGGACAUCCGAUUCACCCUGCGCUCGCACCUAAAACUCGACGAAGAAGCCGUUCCGCAGCCGUUGUCAGACCGCAAACGAGGUAAAUGCAAAGGUUGUGUAAAUACUAACACGACUAAGCGCUGCGACAAGUGUAACAAUUUUACCUGUGCUAAGCAUUCAACUGUUCAAGUGAUCUGUAAUAACUGUGAAUUUAACGAGGAGGUCUAAACGUCAUCUAUCCGUCACGGAUAUUGAACAAACAUUUGGAAUAUGUGAAAUAAAAGUACUUUUUGAAACACCAAUUUGUUUUAUUAGAAGAAUCAAAAUAUUUUUUUAGACAGAAAAUUAUGCAUUUUGACACCCAUCAUGCGUUGUGGAACGGAAUUUCCGGAAAUGUCCUCUUUUCGGAACAUCCCCGGGGCAGUCCGAAUUAAGGCCAGAUCACCUAUGGCACUAAAAAUGUCCAUAUAGAGGUUUCCCUUCGAAAGUUAUGAAUUUUGACACCCAUCAUGCGUUGUGGACCGGAAUUUCCGGAAUUGUCCCCUCCUCGGAACAUCCCCGAGGCCACCGGGUCAGUCCGUAUGGUGGCCAGAUCACCUAUGGCACUAAAAAUGUCCAUAUAGAGGUUUCCCUUUAAAAGUUAUGAAUUAGGACACCCAUCAUGCGUUGUGGACCGGAAUUUCCGGAAAUGUCCUCUCUUCGGAACAUCCCCGGGGCACUCAGAAUUAGGGCCAGACCACCAAUGACACUAAAAAUGUCCAUAUAGAGGUUUCCUUUUGAAAGUUAUGAAUUUUGACACCCAUCAUGCGUUGUGGACCGGAAUUUCCGGAAUUGUCCCCUCCUCGGAACAUCCCCGGGGCCACCGGGUCAGUCCGUAUUGUGGCCAGACCACCUAUGGCACUAAAAAUGUCCAUAUAGAGGUUUCCCUUUGAAAGUUAUGAAUUUUGACACCCAUCAUGCGUUGUGGACCGGAUUCCCGGAAAUGUCCACUCUUCGGAACAUCUCCGGGGCCACCGGGUCAGUCC